AUGUUCAUCUCAUUGAGAUAUCGUCCAAACAAAUGGCCAUUCUGGGCUCUGGUGGCCAUUGAAUUUCCUCUCACUGUCGCCCUCCUCGCUCUCUUCGGCAUUGCAGCUCCGAAUCUAUACCGCACCAAAUUAUGGGCAGAUGGUGCUGCCAAUGGCUUCAAUUCAAGCCCAACAACAGGACUAUACGCAGCAGCGAAUUAUAGACCAUAUACUACGCCGAAAGUGUGGGGUCAAUUCAUCACAAAUUUCAACCUCGUCAUCUCAGUCUUCUCCAUGUUCCUGAUGCUCGCUAAAUCCGCCAUGUAUAUUCUCAAAGUCUUUCCACCUCUUCUCUCGGUCCUCUGCCACGCCGCCCUCGUGGCCCUCUAUGCAGUCUCGAUAGCCUAUCAAGCCGGCUCGGAUAUGAGUGAUCCAAGGCGACCCCAACGAGGCGCUCCAUGGUACAUCUCCAGACCUUGCUCCGUCGCACACGACCAAAAACUCGUUGGAUACUGCCAACAAGCAAAAGGAGCAUUUGCAUGUACCGUCAUGAUAUUCGUGGUAUUCACCGCCCAACUCGCGCUCGCAAUAUUCUCCCUCUUCCCCUCCCCCUCCCACCGUGCCUCCCGGGAAGCAAAACGCCUAGCUCGCGAAUCUCGCUGGGCCCAUCUCGACUCUCCGACCCUUGAGUCUAAAGUCCCGGCCGUGUCCCUCAACGAAAUUGCAAACGCGGCACAAGCCUCCAGCACGAAUUACUCAACAGCCGCAUCAGGGGCCCUUAACCCUAUGACACCAAGAACGCUGGCAUUCAACCGUCUAGGCGGCACAAAAGACCUUCCACUUAGGAAUCACUUUGGUAAGGCCAAGGCCAAGGACGGAGGGGCUGCGCCCAAGAGUCCAAUUUUCUCAUCCAGAUUUGCAUUGAGAAGUCCGACUUUCCCCGGGAGUCCACUGAGUUCGGGCUUUGCUCAUGCGGAGAGGAAGGCGGACGAGGAGACGGCCGCUGGGGCUGCGGGACCGAGUGGGAGUGAUGCGGCGGCAGCGGCGUCAGCAGGCAUGUAUUUCCCGCCGCCCCCUAAGGUGGCGGUGAAAGGUGCGAGGUGA